AGCUUCCGUCAGCGGUCGCAGGCGCAGGUAAUGAAAGUCGAGCAAGCAACAGAGAAACAAUUGUUUGUUGUGCCAGAAGAAAAGCAAUGAUACGGUUAUUCUGCGACGAUUUUUUAACUGCAACGUAGCCAGCUAGUGUAAAAAGAAAGCAAUCUGUGUAUCGAGUGAAAUUCGUUGUGCAAGACUUUGUUUUUAUUUGUGAUAGACGAACUGUCCGUGUAAAGAAAUUCCACUGCAAAAGCUAACGGUAUAUGCUGUGGUUGAGAAGAACGUAGAACGUUCUGGAACAUAUCGACCGCGUAUUACGAUAGUGCGCAAGAACACCGUUAAGUAACAGUAAAAGAAGCAACAGCCACAAGUACAGCCAAAAUGGGAAAAGAUUUCUACAAAAUUCUCGGUGUUUCGAAGAGUGCCAGCGAUGACGAGAUCAAGAAGGCGUACCGCAAGCUUGCCCUGAAAUAUCAUCCGGACAAGAACAAAUCACCGCAGGCAGAGGAACGCUUCAAGGAGGUAGCCGAAGCGUACGAGGUUUUGUCGGAUAAGAAAAAGCGCGACAUCUACGACCAGUACGGUGAGGAGGGCCUGAAGGGUGGCGCCGGUGGUAUGCCUGGCGGAGGUCAAGGUGGACAGUUCCAAUACAACUUCCACGGUGAUCCGCGUGCCACGUUCGCACAGUUUUUCGGCACAAGCGACCCAUUCAGCGUAUUCUUCGGCACUGAUGGUGGUGCCAACAUAUUUCACCAGGAGAUGGAUGGCGAUCCGUUCGGGUUCGAUGGGCGAGCCAGCGUUGGUGGUUUCCCCGGUGGUGCCUUCCGUUCACAGUCGUUUAACAUGCACGGAUCGCCGCAGCGCAAGCAGAAACUGCAAGACCCACCGAUCGAGCAUGAUUUGUACGUUUCGCUAGAGGACGUCAAUGCGGGAUGCCAAAAGAAGAUGAAGAUUUCCAAGAUGGUUAUGGGCCAGGAUGGAUCGGCACGGAAGGAAGAGAAGAUCCUAAGCAUCAACGUGAAACCGGGCUGGAAGGCGGGCACAAAGAUCACAUUCCCGCGCGAAGGUGACCAGAUUCCUGGCAAGGUUCCGGCCGACAUUGUGUUCAUCAUACGCGACAAACCACAUUCGCACUUCAAGCGCGAGGGCAGUGACAUCAAGUACACGGCGAAGGUAUCGCUACGGGAGGCACUGUGCGGUACGGUAGUGAGUGUGCCUACGUUAAGCGGCGAAACAUUGACCAUCACGACGAUUGGAGAAGUCAUAAAGCCCCACACAGUGAAGCGUCUGCAGCAUCGGGGGUUACCCUUCCCGAAAGAACCGAGCCGGAAAGGUGAUCUGGUAGUAGGCUUUGACAUCCUUUUCCCCGACCAGGUGCCCGCCAGCACGAGAGAAAUCCUCACGGAUCUGUUCCCGAUGUAAAAAGAGGGCGGGGGUGGAAAAAAGAAAGCAGCAACACAACGACGACGGUUGAAAUCACGGUGUGCUGCGCACCGCUCGGUGUUACCCGAUGAUCCAACCUCAUCCAAAACGCUUGAUGCAUCAACAUCGUUCUCGAACGUUCCAUCGCCCCAAAAAAAAGUCGGUCGCGCUUCGGGAGGAAAGUGUGACGGGUGAGGUUUUCAAUGUCGAAGCCAACGAAAGAUUAAAAACCAACAACAACAGGUGUAGUAAACGCAGACACUCGGAUGCAUUCGACCAUCCCGCACAAGAAGAAGAAAAAAAGCGGUGCGCACAUCCAGAGAUCGAAGGAGCGAAGGUUCUAGUAGCAUCAAGACCUUCAUUGUUAGUGCCCGUUGGUAAUGUCUACGUGACAAACCGUGCGUGAUACAGAAAAUAAAGCAACUGGUCGUCGUCGUCAUCGAAUGGUUGUGGAGAAUAAUGCGGACGGAUGUUAAAAUGGUCCGCCAAGCUGGAAAUGCACCACAGUUGAUGAGUGAGGAAUCGUCUCGAUCAAUCUCUGGUCCCUUCCUCUUGCCCAAACAUCAUCCCUGUCCUCUACUGCGUCGUUAAAGAUACGCUGCAACGGAACUGAUGUGCCAAGUGUAUCACUUAACGGCUGUGUAGAUGUAUAUGUGCGUGUGUGUGUGCGGAAAGGGGGAAGUGUAUUUUGGCGCCCUCUAUUGGCAUACCAUAGCAACCGUAGUGAGACAGGCGAGCAUUUUAGCAGAAGCGAAGAUUCUAGAAGGAAAGGUGCGCACGUCGCGUGGUACUGUUUAAAUAGCUCAUCAUCAUCUCGUCCGCAAUUUUUGGUGUUUGACUGCGUAUACUGUGUAGGGAACACAAUUGUUUAGAUUCCAAAGAGAGGGAAAACUACAUGGGGGGUAGUGAAACAAAAAAAAAUGACUGGCAGCGUAGGCCAUGAAAAAGGUGUGCGAACGUCGUCGGGUAGGCAACCACCCGCACGCAACUCUAUGUAGUAUGAAGAGCAGAAGAGGGAAAGCUAGCUGGAAAAUAUGUACCUUUUUUUUGUUUUUGAUAAUUUCUCAAAUCAGUGCAGCUGAUCGCUGGACGAAAAGGGGAAGAAAUGUGUCGCAAACAUUGUGUAUAUAGGGCAGUAAAGUGUGGGGGCUAUUUUAAGGGAGGGAAAACGAUUUAUUUAAGAAGCUCUGUUUAGUGGAUGUUUCGAGAAUAGGAGGAAACUAUACAAUUUAUGAUUUAUUCAUAUUAGCAAAAUGAACCCCAGAUCAUUACUUCGUCACAUUUUAAAACACACAACAUCGCCACCACCAUGCGAGGGCCAAACAGAAUUAUGCGGUGUUUGGAAUGUGUUCCGGAAUAUUGGAAAACUUACUAUUGCUCCCCCUUUUCAGAAAGACUGAAGGAAUGAAGUACGUGAGAAGAAAUAAUGGUAUUAAACAUUGAAAGGUCUACAGUGAAGGGAGGGGGAAGGGGGGAGGGGGAACCUAGUAGAAAUAUUAAUUAGACGAAGAACAAAGAAACUCCACCGGAAUGCAGCCUCCAUCACCCUUAAUGUCCCAAAUAACAACGGAGCCGGGUGGUGUGUGAUUGUGUGUGAAAGCGAUAGGCGAAUAUGCGAAUGAUUGUUAAAGGAUUAUUACUAUUAUUCGGUACGUUCUAGUACAUACAAAAUGGCAGAGAAACGAUUCCCUUCUCCGGGUUGCCCUUUAAUCAGCCACAUCCCUCUUAUAAAGCUGUGUAAAAUUUCAUGAUAUGAUUUAUUAUUUUAACUCAAAUUGAGAUCGAUUAUAACGUUGUUAAGCUUACUAUUUUAGUUCUAAUAAAUCACUCGAAAGCUUAAAAUUAUGAUAAAACUCUGAA